CCGAAUCGCUCUCUUGACUCUUGCUCGCUACCGCCAUCCCUCUGGGAUAUCCAUCACUCGUCCGUGCUAGCAGGCGGACCUAUAUAUCACAGUGAAAUUAGGCUGUUUGGAAGACCUCAACCAUGCCGAAGAAUAAGGGAAAGGGUGGAAAGAACCGGAGGCGUGGAAAGAACGAGAACGACGCCGACAAGCGCGAGCUGGUCUUCAGAGAGGAUGGCCAGGAGUACGCUCAAGUAAUCAAGAUGCUGGGUAACGGGCGGUUGGAGGCGCAGUGCUUUGAUGGCGAGAAGAGACUGGCGCAUAUCCGCGGCAAGAUGAGGAAGAAGGUCUGGAUCAACCAGGGCGAUAUCGUCCUCUUGUCUCUCCGAGAGUUCCAGGAUGACAAGGCAGAUGUCAUUGUGAAGUAUACUUCCGAUGAGGCUCGGAGUCUGAAAGCAUACGGUGAGCUUCCAGAGAACGCGAAGAUCAACGAGACGGAUACGUUCGGCGACGAGGAGGGCGAGUGCACCUUCGAGUUCGGCGACGAAGACGAGGUCGAUAUCGACGAUAUCUGAAGUGUAUUUCUAUCACUUGUAUCCCCGGCGUGCGUGUAUAUCUGUACCUCCUGCCCCUCCGCGUCUAGAAGACGAUCUUCGACGACUAGCUACGUUUCGCUCUUCGCAUUGUUGUGUUCAGUCUAGCAUUUCAUCUGUCUGAUUAUACGAGAAUCCCUCAGACUUGUAUCAUGUCGUGUUGUUUGGGCGAUAUUCAGUGGUGUGAUCGGACUGCAUCAAG